AUGGUUCUCACUGCCACCCGGCGGCGCAUCCAAGGAACCCCCAUCAAGGAGUCGAGUCGCGAGCCGUCCAUCGAUCUCGGCACCUCCACCAACGUCGAGGCCGGCCGGUAUCUCGGCCUGAGCCGCAACUACUUCCUCCUCUUCGUCCUCACGCCCGCCCUUCUCGUCAUCCUCAUCGCCCUAGCCGUCGGGCUCGGCGUCGGGCUAUCCGACCGCGGCCAGAACCUCCCCUUCCCCUCGAGCGACGAAGGGCCGUGGGAGGGCGACAUCACCUACUACGAGCCGGGCAUCGGCGCCUGCGGCAAGGUGAGCAAGAGCAACGAGAUGAUUGUCGCGGUGCGCGUGCGCCGGGAUUUUGUCGAGGAGGGCAAAGGGCCCCAGUCGGUCGAUUUGACCGUGGUCGACCGCUGCACGGGGUGCGAGCCGACGGACCUCGACAUGUCCAUCACGGCGUUCAAGAAGCUUGCUAGGGAGGUGGAUGGCCGCGUUUUGGCAACCUGGACGUGGUUGAACUGA